AUGAGGGCGCUGAAAUUCUCUUCCGCUGCUGUGCGCGACCUCUUGCUCAAUUGUCGAGAUCUAGACAUCAACAUUCAAAAUCAAGCGCGGGAGAGCGCCCUGUGGUAUGCCAUCCACUACGGAACUUUUUCCACCGUCAAGCGCGUUCUAGAACAACCCAACGUCCAGGUGGACAUCAAGCACAAAUACGGCCGAACGGCGCUCCACCUAGCAGUCUUCGCAGGCCGAAUAGGGCUCGUGCAUCUGCUACUUUCUAGAGGCAGCGACCCUGAUCUACAGGAUGAUUCGGGCCACUCGCCAUGGGACUGGGCAUGUCGCUUCAAUAGACCCGUGAUGGAAAUGAUUUUUUCAAACGAUCCGAUGGCCGAGGUGUUUCUUGGUACCCAAUCAUCACAGGAGGCUGAGCUACCUCUUCACCAUGCAGUAUCCUAUGGGUCGGUAGAUGUUGUCAAACGGCUUCUCGGACAAAAGGGCCUGAGUUUGGACAUCCAGAACCGGAAUGGUUAUACGCCGCUCCACCUCGCCAUUCGAAACAAGCGCCUGGAAAUGGUCAAUUUGCUCCUAAGUCACCCCCGUGCCAACGUGAACUGCAAAGACAAAAAUGGCAAUACGCCACUUUGGCUGUCGACUUACUCGUCAUGCGACGAGAUAACCGAAAGGCUGUUGGCCGAGAAAGACAUCAACGUCAAUUUUGUUGGAGGCCGCGGGAGAUUCGAGACGCUGUCUACAUCUCUCCACCACGCCGCGGCCAGGUUGGAUACCGUGCUCCUACGACGGCUGCUUGCGGUGCCAGGGAUCAGUCUGAAUCUCUGUGUUGGAGGCCACUCUCCAUUCUCCGUGGCCGCAUAUCACGGACGCAUGAGCACGGUUGCUUGUCUGUUAAGUGUGCAGGGCGUGGAGAUCAAUGGAAUGGAUGUAAUAGAUCCGCCCAUUUGUCGAGCGGUUGCACAUGGCCAUCUCGAUGUGGUAAGACUCUUGGUGCAGCAAGACGCACGUCUUAACAUCAAUGAAAGCACGAUCGCAACUCACGACACUGCUCUCUGCAUUGCCGCCGCUUGUGGUGAAUUGGAGAUGGUUCAGGCACUACUAAGCCAUAAUCGGAUUGAUGUGAACCUCAGGAAUCAAUGUUCUGAGGAUCCAUUGAUGUUGGCGGUCAGGGGCGGGCAUUCCUCGAUUGUUAAUGCACUUGUGGUCAAUCCGAGACUGACAUACUUCAGUUUGGCAAAAUCCCUGCAUCUAACAAGGAACGAUUGCAUCCAGAGGGCCAUUGGAAGCAGAAUGGAAGAUGCCAACACUCCGCAAAGAUUGCUGAAGCGGUCUCCGGGGAGAAGGUUUGGUGGUCUGGAAGAGCUGGCGACAUCUACUUCGGGUAGCUGUCGUGAUGCAAUGCGGGACGGCCGAGUUAAUCGACACUUUCUCCGCUAG